AUGGAGGCAGAAUAUGGUCAAGGAAGAAUACUGGAGAUAGAAGGCAAUCUGUUCGAUGCCCCAAAUGGAGCAGCAUUGAUCCACUCAUGCAACUGCCGAGGCGUCUGGGGCAAAGGCAUUGCGAAAGAGUUCCGGGGCAAAUACCCCAAUGCUUACUUGUUCUACCGAGCCCACUGUCGAGAAUACGCAGCGCACCCUGAAGAAGUGGUCGUCACCGGUGAAGCAGGCCCGCGUCGGAUCCAGCUGCCAGAGGGAACCGCGCUCCUCAUCCCGCCGCAGCCGGGGGAUUCCCAGUUCAAUGGCGGGCGUCAGCAUUGGAUCAUCUGUCUCUUCACCUCGCCCGGGUUCGGGACACAGGUCUCUCCGGUCAACAUCCUGCUGGAGAAUACGGAAUGUGCGGUUUCAAAUCUGAAGAAGGAGAUCAAUCAGCUACGUGCUCAGGGGAUCGCAAUGGGAAGCCUUUGGUCGUGUCGAUUCAACUCCGGGCUGUUUGGUGUGGAUUGGGCUCAUUCGCGGGAUAUUCUGGUGGGAUCGGGGCUGGAGGUUACUGUGGUGAGGCCACCUGGUGCGUGA